AUAACCAUUAAAUUUUUCAAAAAAAUGCAUACAUACAAUUAAACAACACACAUGAAAUAGACUUACCCACCACCCCCUAUUUCCUCUCCACCUUCCUGUCACCUCUCUCUCUCUUUAUAUCUCCCUUCUCCCUUGCUAUUCCUCUUUAUUAUCACCAUUAAUACCAUCCAAAAAAGUCACAACUUUUUGAAAUCCCAAACCACUAGAAUCUACAAACUACUCAAAAAGUUCUUUUUAUCCCAAAACCAAUAGAACUUACAAACUAACCAAAAAGUUACAUUCUUGAAAAGAAUCACAACGUUAGAAACUACCCCAAAAAGUUGGAAUUCUUGAAAAAUAUCACAACUUUUUUUUUUUUUUUUAUCUCAGAAACCAUUAGAAACAACCCAAAAAGUUAGAAUCUUGAAAAAAAAAAUCACUUUUUUUUGUACCAAAAGAAGUUAGAUUCUUGAAAAAUACUACCAACUUUUAUAUGGGCAAGAAAAUGAAUCUUGGUUCAUGGCAAUGGCCUUCUUGUGCACACACCAAGACUCUAUCAUUCAGAGCAAAUGCCAACAACAGCAACAACAUUUUCAAGACUAUAAAUUCAAUAUUCUUAGACCCUUGUAGUACUGAUCAUCAUCAACAUGGGGUUGUUGAAACUGAAACAACACCAGAAUCUUGGUUCACAAAUUCCUCAGAAUCAGCUAGUUUUUCAACAGAGUCUGAUGAAACAGGUGAACCAUUAAUGGAGUUGAUCAUCAAAGGUGUUCGUUCAGAACGACUGUUUUUUGAGCCAAAUUGCACUAGCUCGUUAAUCUUGGAUGAACAAAAAGUAAAUCAAGAUCAAAACCAAAAUCAAGAACCAAAGAAACUAGAACAAGAAGAAGAAGAUGAUGUUGAUGAUGAUGAUCAAGAAUUGCCAUUUAAGGAAAGUGUGGCAUUGGCAAUGGAAUCAGAGGAUCCAUAUUUGGAUUUCAAGAAAUCAAUGAAGGAAAUGGUGGAAACAAAUGAGAUUAAAGAUUGGGAAUCUUUACAAGAGUUAUUGAGAUGGUACUUGAAAAUGAAUGGGAAAAUAAAUCAUGGAUUUAUUAUAGGUGCUUUUGUGGAUUUGCUUAUUGAGGUUUCUCCUCCUACUUGUGAUUCAAUUACUUGCUAUUCUUCUGCUGCUUCUUCAUUUUCUGCCCCUUCUUCUCCUCUGUCUUUAGUAGGAAAUAAAGAGAUUGAGGAACAAGAAAAAGGGAGUAGUAGUAGUUAGUUCUUUAGGAGAGUUAAAUUACUCAAUUGUGAUUUUGUGUACAUUAUUGUAAUUGUGUUUAGGUUAAAGAGGAAAGAAGAUUUAUAAAUAUUGCAAAUGGUGUUUA